AUGGCCCCGCCCUCCAAACUCGCCAUUGCAACCGGCGUCGUCCUCCGCUUAGUAAAGGAAGAAGCAAGCUACCACAAGGAGAUUGUGCAACAGGAAGCCCGCAUCAAGAAGAGCGAGGCGAGUGAGGGUGAAGAGAAUGCCGAGUACAUAUUGAGACAGGAGCGCCAAGCUCUUGAAGAGACUAAGAAAGUCUUGCCUGGUAUGAAGACAAAGAUCGAGCAGGCGCUGGAGAGACUGGAAGAGGAGCUGGUAAGUGACCGACACCUGAUUGGAGCAAAGAUAGGUCGAGCUGACUGGUAA